GAGUGUGUCAGUGUGAAGUCUGCUCGGCAGCCGCUCGCUGCUGUCUCCGCUCCCCGCUUCCUGGCGAGCCUGAGGGAAGAGCGCACGUCUCUCUCCUUCCCUCCCUGGCUGCUCUCCGCCUUUCUUCCCUUCAUUUCGCUGAAUUAUCCUCCCUUCCCGGCGUGUGCGGAGCCGGGUCUGACCCCCCCGCCCGGCCGGCCGCCCGCUCCCUGGCAUGAGCCGUCCGGCCGCCGGCGCCGCCUCCCCCGCAGGAUGGGCACAGCCGUGUCCAAGAGGAAACAUCUGAGGAACGACGCGAUAUCGUCCGUGGCGGCAAAAGUGAGAGCAGCCCGUGCGUUCGGAGAGUACCUGUCGCACGCCCACCCUGAGAACAGGAACGGAUCAGGUGAGCCGGUCUCUGGGGCGGGCAGCCGGCCGGGCUCCAGGGACUGCCCGCAGGACUGCGCCGGCUCCCACCCGGCUCCCGUCGGCGCCCAGCACUCCCUGGACCUGGAGAGCGCCCGCCAGCGCAAGAAGCUGGAGAGGAUGUACAGCGUGGACCGGGUGUCCGAGGACGUGCCCAUCCACAGCUGGUUCCCCAAGGAGAACAUGUUCAGCUUCCAGACGGCCACAACCACCAUGCAGGCGAUCUCGGCGUUCCGGGGCUUUGCUGAGAGAAAGAGGCGGAAAAGGGAACACGAGUCGGCAGCUGUGAUCCAGAGAAACUUCCGCAAGCACCUCCGGAUGGUGGGCAGCCGGCGGAUGAGGGCUCAGACCUUCGCUGAUCGCCGGGAGAAGAGCUUCAGCCGGUCCUGGAGUGACCCCACCCCCAUCAAGACCGACCCCCUGCACGACUCCCGCGACAGCGGAGACCUGCAGGAGUCCUGUGGCACCCUGGACGAGGGCAGUGCUGACCAGAUCUGGGAGGAGGAGAGGGAGGAGGAGAGGCUGGCCUGCCAGGGCGAAGACUUCAUCCCUCCCAAGAUCAUGCUCAUCUCCUCCAAAGUUCCCAAGGCAGAGUACGUGCCCAACAUCAUCCGGAGAGACGACCACUCCAUCAUCCCCAUUCUCUACGAUCACGAACAUGCGACCUUUGAUGACAUUCUUGAGGAGAUAGAGAAGAAGCUCAAUGCCUACAGGAGGGGCUGUAAGAUCUGGAGAAUGCUGAUCUUCUGCCAGGGAGGUCCUGGUCACCUGUACCUGCUGAAGAACAAAGUGGCCACCUUUGCCAAGGUGGAGAAAGAAGAGGACAUGAUACUCUUCUGGAAGCGGCUGAGCCGACUGAUGACCAAGCUGAACCCCGAGCCCAAUGUCAUCCACGUGAUGGGCUGCUACGUGUUGGGCAAUCCUAACGGAGAGAAGCUGUUCCAGAAUCUGAAGAACCUGAUGAAGCCCCAGUCCAUCACGUUCGAGUCGCCCCUGGAGCUGUCGGCACAAGGUAAGGAGAUGAUCGAAACCUAUUUUGAUUUCCGCCUGUACCGUCUGUGGAAGACACGGCAGCACUCCAAGCUGCUCGACUACGACGACAUCUUGUGAGCCCGCGGACGAGAGGGGCGGGCAACUCUUUCAGAUCCGUGAGGCGGUCGCGAUGGCGCCGGGCGGUUUUUGUGGCCUGGCUGUGUGCACCUGGAGCAGGAUGCGGAACAGAGAGGCGUUUCGGACCGGCACCCGAACCCCUGGUUAGGUCUGGCUCGGGACCCCAAAGGAAGGAGACUUCUUUACUGUGGGGCGGCCUGGGAGAGGGUGACCCCUUUUCACCCUGUACCCCAUUCCUGAGCUUGCUCCUGCAGUGGAGGGGGAGGGCGUCUCUCCUUGUUCUUCCUCGCAGAGAUGGACAUGGACAGAGGAGGAGCCGGAAAGGCAGGAGCAGCCGGAACUGCCUUCUGGGAUUCUGAGCGUCGGGAAGCAGGAGCGCAGGGCAGGCCUUUUCCUGCUGGUGUGUGUCUGCCUGUUUCUGAACUUGAGGCAACGACAGGGGAUUUCCAUCAGGUUGUUCAAUAGACCCUUUGGGGUCCUUGUUUCUUUCUUUCUUUUUUAAUUUCCACAAGUUAUAUAUCAAGACAUAUACAGUAUAUAGAUACAUAAAAUAUAGUUUACUUGUAGUAUUACUAAUAUUCUAUAUAUGAUACAUAUAUAUUAUUUUUGACUUAGUUGUAAUAGUGUUUCAUAACGAUUUUAACAGCUCAGGUUUUCCAGCGAUUCACUUACCUAACUGCUCAGAUCCCUCGUGAGCCCUGUUUCAGCCUCCCGCAGUCCUGGAGCUCUUUUAGUUUUUCUUGACCAGGUUUCGGGAUGUCUGUGCGAAAGAGCUCAGCUCGGGGUUCACGGGGUGGGGCUUGUUGUAGCUUAAGCGUGCGUGGUGGUGGUGAGGGGCGGGGGGGGAGCCCCUGUUGCCUGUUUUUAGGAGCAGCGCCCGGGCACACGUUUUCGUGUCCGUGUCCGGACCAAUUUAGCUCCCUGGGCAACUUCCCCAGCUGUGGACAAAUUCUGUUUCUCCCGUGGCGGUGUUAUGAGGACUGGCAGAGUUUCCAGGAAUCCCUUAAGCGAACCUGGGUCCUCCCUGUACCUCGGGAGAGUUUCUCUGCAGUCUGCGCCUGUGUUGUAUUUUGUUUUGUGCGACGGUGGUUUAUUUAUAAAGGCGUCAGGAAGACAUAUUUGAAUUUUCUUUCUUCGCUGAGCUUUUCCGAUCUCCAAGCAAAGCCGCUUUGUGAUUCAGAAGCCGCAAAAUCCCUCCACCCCCCCCCCUGCUCACCAGAGGUCUUUCAGACUGAGCAGGGGCAGAGCUGCGCUCUGGAGUGUGGGGUGUGGGGAGUUGUCCUGUUUAUUUGUGCGCGAUGUGUUUAGUGCGUAGAGAGGGGAGCUGUCACUGCAGAGAGCGAGGGAGCUGUACCCAGGGUGGGUUUCUGAAGAUGUUUUUUGUAGAGAUCUUCACAAAGGCACACAAGGCUGUUUUAAUACCUAGGAUGGACUGUCUGGACGGGUGUGGUUUGUACUUGACCGGUGUUGAAACCUGCUCUUAUCCGAACAUCUUUGUCCUGUGCUGCUCAGCCCUUUCAGUCUGCUCCUUUGCAAUAGUGUAAUGUGCACAGCUCUGUAAUGGCUGUGGCAACACUGUCAGUUUUGUCUGUUGGGCAAGAAUCCUGCAGGGUAGCAUGUUGAGCAAUCCUGUUUUAAAACACACCUAAUUUUAGGUCAGCUCCUGGGGUAAGAGCAACAGUCCUUAUCUCCAGUCCUGAAGGGCCACAGCAUCUCUACUCUUCCUGACCAUAUUGAGCUCAUUUCUAGCUUAACUGGACCAAUUUUACACUUACAAAGUUUGCAGCUGUUGAUAAUUUAAAUGUUAGAAAGCCUGCUGCAUUCUGACCCUGAAGGACUGAUGUUGAUGUAUGUGCUAGGUCAGGGCAGCUCAACUUGCAGACCUUCCAGUCUGCUCCAUUCCAGGUCUGCUACAACCAUCUCCUUAAGUAUUUAGCUGAUAAUCAGCAGGACCACAAUUAAGGAGCUAGGGUGUUUUAAAAUUAGGGAAUGGAGUGGAUACAGAAGCUGAGUAUCCCUGACCAAAGUGAUUGUGCAACAUCCAUACAGUAGAUAUAGCCCUGAAAUAUGCUUUAAAUAUUAAAAUGAAUAUAGGUAUAUGCAGCCCAUGUCGUGUGGAUGAAAUGCCACGGCACACUAACUAUAUCACCGAGGGAAAUGAGCACAAGUGUUUUAUUCUUAUUACAGAGGGAGAGAGGGAUGAGCAGCCUUCCAGAACUGUUGACUCUAUCGCCAGUUUAUUUCAUUAGCCGGAGACGACAGUAUUCCAAACCGAUUCUCCCUUAGGGCUCCUCCACAGGCAGAGCAUGCAGCCACUCACUGUACAGGACUAGAUCGCACCAAGCCCUCAACUCAUGAUUUAACUAAGUGAACAGAUUAGCAAUCAAUUUAGUCAUUCGGGAGCCCACUGUUAACAGGUUGUACUAGAAAAUGCUUGUGUGUGUGUUGGAGGGGUUGUUCUGAGUUUUUUUGAGUCUGCUCUUCUGGCAGGAAUAAGAGUCCAAGACUCUGUGAGCAUGUCCGAUGCUGGGGUUUGAUGAAAGAAAACACUGAAGAGGGGAAAUGAGCAAAACGUUAUUCAUAAAUGCAAACCCCCCCCCCUCCCCCAUCUGGAUUAAAUUCUGAUGUAACUGUCCAGUGUGGACAGAGCUGACUCCUGAUUAGAAAGUGGUUUAGCUGCGGUGCUGGAAGUUCACUCAGUCUGUGACUGCGCACUCUGCCUGUUUCGGUUGGCCUUACUGUGCUUCCACGACAUCUGUGCAAAACAAACAUUAAUUCCGCUUUGAAAUAAGGGGCCUGUAGCCUCCCUGCUGGUUUGAGGCAAUUGUUUCCAGAUUUAUCACAGAGGCAAGGACUUCAAACAGAACCUCUGUUCGGUAAAUGAGAUCAGUGUCAGACCUUCCCAACGGUAAUGCGCUCUGUGUGCUUUUGUGGCGAUUCUCCCUCCCAGGGUGCUGGCGUCCAGCUGCCGGACCCCAGAGCCAGAGGCUGAGUGUGUACGGGGGGGAGGCAGAGUUCCCGGCUCUGGUCGCUGUGAGCGUGUCAGCCCCUCUCUGCUCUAGGGCUGUGAUCCAGAUUGUUUCAGAUUUAAAAGCUUUUCUACUUUUUUACCUAUUGUAGCUUUUUCCCCGAUGUCGUGAAGGAAUACCUCAGGUUGUCUGGUGCUGAUAAUGACUCUGUAAUUGAAGACAACACUGCCUCUGUGACGGCACGGGUCCCUGUGAGCUCAUGGGCCCGGGUUCGAUGGGAAAGGGUGGGCUGUGGGGUAGUUAAGGUGGAGCACCCUCUGGGGAUGAGCAGAUAGUAAGUAGAGUUGCAAGAGGAGAUUAUUUGGCCAGCAAGGUGACUUGUGGGAGUGAUGUUCACACUAAAGCUUGUGACUCACACAAGCGAGGUUCUCCAGACUGGCAGGAGACAGGAUUCUUAGAUCUCAUUGAAUCUUGAACUGUGAUAUGCUCAUUAGCAGCGGUUGGGUGGUUCCUCUCCACCCUCUACCCAUCCAUGAAGCUGAAAGCCUAUUUCUGUACCACAUAUCAUAGAUCUAGCAAUACUGUUAGCCUAAAUGGCUAACAUUUCAGCAGAAAUAAAAAUCAGCAAUGGAGACAAGAAGGAAAAACCACUCCUAACUCAGUGAUGUUCAUUUAUUUGUGCCGAAACUGUUGGUCUGAUGCCCUCCUGACUGAAAACCAGUCAAAUGCUUGUUUCCUGCAACUCUAACCUUAAAGUGGGGUGAGGGGCUCCAGGUUAAUCCAGUAGAUUGCACCAGUGUGGGGGAGGGGUUCUAUGCAAUGCACCCUCCUUAUGUUAGCAGGUACAAUCUGGUUUUUGUUACUUAAUGGCUCCCCCUACUGGUGGACACAGAUGCCGGUGCAGCUGGUGGCUGGGCUUUUCCAGGGGUCUGCGCGUCUUUCUUAUCCAGACUGUUUUCACUACACUUUUGUCUACUUGCCAGUCUCCGACUCUGUAUCUGUUACGAUAUUCCUCUGAGUAGCAAUAGAGAAGUCCCCCUGCUCCGAUGAGAUAGCUGUGCUGCGGUGCGCCUUCGUCCUUCGCCUUCCCGUGGGGUCUGUGGCUCGUAGCCGGGCGUGUUUCUGCAGCAGACGCCGUUCCUGUGACGGGAGACUGUGUCAAACCCCGAGUGCGAAGGAGAGAGAUAGGGAGAGAGGAAGGUGGGGGAGAGGAGAGGCGGAGACAGGAGAGAUGGAGAAGUGAACAUGGGUGUGACAGUCUCUCGUCCAGGUGCUGGUGCAGAGCUGGACUCUCGUUCUUUUCUGAUCCAGCAAGGGUGUGCACCGCCAACACACAGUUUUAACCAACUCAUGGAGGACAGGAGUUUAACUUGUGUUAACCUUAAUAAAGUAUUUUCAUUUCUUUGAUUCUUUAGUUUGGGGUUGGAUACUCCAAACAGUAAAGAGGAGUUUGAGGUAAGGUUAUAGUAAUAAUUAUAGUAAAGAUAGCUAUACUGGUACUAUUAAUACUCAUAUAUUAUAUGAAACUACUAACAAAAAGGAUAUUAGUGUACGUUUACUAGUACAUAGCAUUGUAUAAAGAGAGAAUAUAUUUCAGAGUGAAGUUUGCUGUUGCUUAUAGAACACAGUAUGUUAUUAUACACUGUACAAUACUGACACUAACGUGUCCAAUGUUUUUAAAGCAGUUUUUAAGUAAAGAUGUACCCAGUUUUAACCAAA